AACGCUUUUAUUCUUAUUGUGUUUAGUAAUUUUAGUAAACAUUUUAGUAAUUUAAAAGCAUAUUUUAUUUGAACGUUUUGGGAACAUCGUUUUGGCAAUAUGUAGUUCGUAUGUAUCUCUAUCCAAGUCACUGCCGAAACACCACCAUUGCUAGCCAUCUCUAGCCACCAUACCCAGGCCGCUCGAUCGUCGUAGCGCAGCGCGUUGUGCGGAUGCAUUCACGUUAGCUAAGUCCCUACGUAUACAUACGUGCACGCGGUUUGCGGCGUGUGAGCGUGUUUGUGCGAGUGGCGGCGAGUGACAGCCGCACGUGCCAUAUUUAAGACGAUGUUCGCGCUUGUGCGUUUUCUGAAUAGUUUUGACGCGAAGGAAUAUGCGGUCCAUGUGGAGAACAUAAAGGACUUCCAGCCAGCAAACAAAGAAGACUUCAUUAAAACCAAAGUGUACACUACGCACUGGAUUGACGAAAAAGAUCCGGAAAACACGGGACCGUACCCCUGUCAAGUUCUGCUGCUGGCAGACUCUAAGGAAGAACUUUUUGAGAAAAGAGGGAGUAAGCGGGUACCACGGACGGUAAUAAACCCUUCAGAUAUUGAAAUUGAAGAUGAAGAUUCCAACCUGCAGCUGCCAGCAGCAGGCAGCAAACAGACUGCAAAACAGGUACAAUAAUUGUGCUAUACCUUUGCCAGAUUUCAGUCGAACAGUGUUCAUUGGAUUUGACAUCUCUCUGCAGGCAAACAAAAAAUCCAAGCAGUGCCAGGCAGCAUCUAAGAGUGCUGCUUAUGAUGAAAUUCUGAAAGAGCAUGUCUCAAGUGCCCUAAACAAAAAUAAGGCAGCUCGAGUUUCUCAAGCGUCAACAAAAAGGCACACUGAGGAUGAAGAAGAAGCUGUCACGAAUAGAGAGAGAAAACUGAAGCGCAUAAGAGUGGAGGCGUGUCAAAGGCAGGAGCCCUAUGAAGACGUAUUAAAAGAAAGGAAUGAAUUGCGACAAAUCGUCGCCACGAUGACACAAAAAAUGGAUUGUAAGCUUUCAGCGAUACUAGAAAUGCUGCAGUCAAGCGCCCCGCAGCCCCAGAGAGCGCAAGAGUCCCUAACAGGUGCUGCUUCUGAAUGGGAACAUGAACAUUCUUAUGACGACCAAGAGCGCAGAGACAAAGAAACGCAGCACACAGGCCGCAAACCAAUGCCACUGGCUACGCUCCAGCCACUGAAAGCCCAGCCAACCCCAGGCACUGAAAUCCUAGACAAUACGUCAAGAGAGCCUGCUGCAGAGGCACUGCCCAAAGCUGCUGACCCAAAGGCCCAUGGCCCUUUCACUGAUAUCGGUGAUGGCAAGUAUCAUGUAAAAGAUGGGCUAGUAAUUGGAGCGAAACAGGCGGAGAAGAUUCUCGGCCAGAAAAAGGCUUCACUUGUUGUGAAGGAUAUGGCCCAAGCCAUAUGGGGCCGUGAAGGGCUGGCUGAACGAACUUAUGGAGGAAAACUAGCCCCAAAAAACUACAGAAACCCCACCGCUGUGGUACGGAAGCAGCUCAGCCCGCAGAAGGUUGCCUUGAUCAUUGACACCGUGAGGCACUGGGGGUCCAUGACGGGUGUUUCCGUGAAGGAAACCAUUGACAAUGUGUCAACAAUACUUUCUCAAAAAAUACAAGACGUACGGAGAAGUAAGAAAAAUAAGGAAAACUGAAGGUGGAAAAGCUGCGAACUGAAGAAAACGAUGUAAAUUUGUAAA